UUUGAGGGGCCAGGCCAGGGUCCCACGUUGAUUCGUCCGAUAUUUCCCAACCACCGCAACCACCUCAUAAUCCUAUGUGUGCUCUACAGCAGCAUUUCUAAUCCAUCUUGCCGGAGUUUCUACCAAAGUUUGAGCGACGCUAGCUGCUUGUGCUGUUUCUUUCACCGCUGUAGCCUUCCUUUCCCUUUUUGAGGUGCCUGAACCGUGGCUAAAUUCAAGGAUUACGUUAUGGUUGAGGAGGGGACCCAGAAAGUUGAUAAGGAGCCUGGAGUACGUGAGAAAGAAGCGGAAGAAAACGAAGAAGAGGUGGCUCGAAAUGACUUUGCUGAAGAGAAGGGUGUGAUCCCACCUCCUGAACACAAGACUGCUCCUCCGGUCAAAGAAAAUCCUACUGCUGAGAAAAGUUUGGGGGGUUUUGUUGAUAGAGAUGCUGUGCUUGCAAAGGUUGCAAAUGAGAAAAGGCUGGCUUUAAUUAAAGCGUGGGAAGAAAGCGAAAAGACAAAAGCAGAGAACAAGGCAUAUAAGAAGCUAUCUGCUGUUGAAUCAUGGGAAAACAGCAGCAAAGCUUCGGUCGAUGCACAACUCAAGAAGAUUGAGGAGAAAUUCGAGAAAAAGAAGGCCAAAUAUGGCGAGAAAAUGAAAAACAAAUUGGCUGCGAUCCACAGGGCUGCUGAAGAAAAGAGGGCCACAGUUGAAGCCAAGAGAUGGGAAGAACUCAUCAAGGUAGAGGACACAGCUACAAAGUUUCGAACCGCUGGAUAUGUACCUAGGAAUCUUCUUGGAUGCUUCAGCUACUGAGAUUCUCAGGGAAAGAACUCAUAACAAAGAUAAACGAGGAGUUCAUCGAAGUGGACUUUGCCUAUUUUAUUAUUUUCAUUUGGCUUGGUUUUAACGUUCUUUCUUACGUGUGUGUGUGAAACGAAACAUCUAAUUUGUGAGAACUAAGGAAGUCCAGUGGUAAAUGUAAAAUUAUUAGAAUGUUGGCUUGAAUAGUCGAGAAUUGCUUGUAUAUAUUUGUGUAACAAUGUCGGUAAAGGAAAAAACUUUAUCAUGCUGCUAGAUUGGAAUAAA